AUGAAAUUCUCAAGCUCGCUGGCGUUAGGCUUGCUGGCCGUCCCCGAGACUCUGGCAUGGGGAGGAUUUGGACACAUUACCAUCGCCUAUGUAGCUAGCAACUUUGUUCAGCCCCAGACGCAGGCCUAUUUCCAGGGCCUCCUCCGCAGCGACACGGGCGACUACCUCGCGGAGGUCGCCACCUGGGCCGACUCGAUCCGCUACACCAAAUGGGGCCACUACACGGGUAUCUUCCAUUUCAUCGAUGCCAAGGACUCGCCCCCGGCUUCGUGCACCGUUGACCUGGACCGUGACUGCAAGAAGGACGGCUGUGUCGUCACCGCCAUCCAGAACUACACCACCCAGAUCCUUGAUCCGGCCGUCCCCACCUGGCUGCGCGCCCAGGCCGCCAAGUUUGUUAUCCAUUUUGUCGGCGACAUCCACCAGCCCCUGCACGACGAGGACGUUGCCCGCGGCGGGAACGGCAUCCACGUCCUCUGGCGGGGGAGCGAGCUGAACCUGCACCACGUCUGGGACUCGAGCAUCGCCGAGCGGUGGGUCGGCGGCGUCAGGAGGAAGCCGUAUGCUGAGGCUAAGCAGUGGGCAGAUGAGCUCACGGGAGAGAUCAGGCACGGGCGUUUCGAGGCGCAGAGCGGGAAGUGGCUGGACGGCGUGGAUUUUGAGGAUCCUAUCGGCACGGCGCUGGGAUGGGCGAGGGAGGGCAAUGCUUAUGUGUGCACUCAUGUACUUCCAGAAGGGCCGGCGGCGAUCGCAGGCCAGGAGCUAGGUGGGGAGUACUAUGAGAAAGCUGCGCCGGUGGUCGAGAUUCAGGUCGCACGCGCUGGAUAUCGACUCGCCGCAUGGCUUGAUCUCAUUGUUGCGGCC